UUCAAAACUUCUUUUUAUCCGGAAAAUUACUACAAGCCCGCUUCUAAAACGGUUUUUUUUAGAAACACCAUUAGCAAUGUAGUAGGUAAAUAUUUGAAUUCUCAAGUAAUUUAGAGGUUAAAUUGCUAAUUUUUUAUUUUAAUAGAAACCAACAGGAAAUAGCUGCUUGCUAAAAUAAAUAAAUUUAACAAUGAGUUGUUGUGUAAUUGUGUUUUUGUGUUUUUGUGACGAUAUCAGUCUGACUGUUAAGUUUACUACACUUUGCAGUAACUUUUGACAGAAAAGUCAAUUAGUAAAUGAUAACAGUGAACAAUGCACAAGAAUGAAACUGUGACUUUGUCAUGUUAUCAGGUUUUUAGAACGGGGUAUGGGUCUGGGUACAACUGUGUGACUGAUCAUGCGUGACCAUCCCUGAAAAGGAUUCUGGACAUGGAGAUGGUAAUCGUAGCUAACUGUUGAGGUUUUAUUAUGUCCUCGCAUUGGAUAAAUUUUAGUUCUUUGGAGAACUUUAAUUGUUUUCGCUCGGACAUUCGUUUUGUGCAUGCAAGCCUUGCGAAGUUGUUUUCAAAGAGUUUUACGGCCUCUAGUUCUCUGUCGGUAUCCAGUAGGCAAUAAAAAGAAAAACCACUCCCUUUUGUGUUUUUUCUUUUUCAUCUUCCACUGUACGGUUCAUUUAUCUUCAUUUUUUUGUGUGGCUCAUUAAGGUCAGUUUGAAUUUUUCAUUGACAGUCAAAAGAAAUCAACUUUAUCACUUUAAACCUCGUAGGUAAGCAAAAAAUAGAGCAUUUGUUUGACCUUCAUGCUUUGCUGAAACGAUUGGUGCACUAGCCAUCGAGUAACUCCACAAAAACGGAACAUGUUUUGCCACGAAAUUCUUUAUUGAUAAAGUACGUGAUGAGGACAAGCUUAUUAUUUCUCCAGCGUUACGCUACACUUUUGUCAUUUAUUUUUCGCAUUCCCCAGUGAGCACAGAAGACUAUAAUUAGAAGUGAAUAACUAAUCAACGCGAAAACUAAGGGAUAAAUCUUAAAAAAAACAAUUUCGACUUCCGCUUUUCCAUUUUGCGCGGGGAAAUUCGACAAAUCAAAAUCUACGCAAAAUAUUUCUGCAAAUGAAAUUAGAAGUUCGUUGAUUAGGCUAUCAUCUAUGAACGGGCGUCUUUUGUACGCAUGAGCAGUUAUAUCGAUCAAGGUCUUUUGUGUUUCUUGGAGAGAAAAACAUAACGUCGCCAUCACAGAUAAUUAACCAAUCUUAUCUUUUUCAUCAAUUUCGAGAGUUCUUAGUCGACAUGCAAAAGUCCUAGCUCCACAUUACUUACUGAAACUUUCUUCAGACAGUCCUCGAGCUAAGCGUCGAUUUAUUGUUUUGUAAACAUUUUUUUCGAAAAGCGGCCAAGCACAAACGAAGAGAAAUAAAAGACAAAAGUGCUUGAGAUUCCUUUGUACUCCAUCUUAUUAUUGGUGGUAAUUCUCCGUGAAAAUAAUGCACUUUUGUCUUCAAAGGCUGUGAAUAUUGCAUAAAAGGCGUAAGCUUUAACAUCGCCCGCCUUUUGGUAAAUAAGACCUUUAAACUAAUCAGCUAUUCGGUGCUCGAGGUGGAACGCAAGCAAGCAGUUAGACAAAUCUCAACUCCCAAAAGUUGUAAGAUAUCACCUUCUGGACCGCAAAGUAUAUACCAUUACCACAUCGUCGACAGUUUGAGAACACUGGAAAUGGAAGUCGAAAACAAGGUAAGGAUAAAUUUUGUUUCAGACAGCGUAGUUUGGGUGAGCGCUUGUAAGUUAAGUGGUGAAUCGCAUUGUUGCACAGAAAUUCCACUCCUUGACAGUAGACGAAGUAACAACCAGCUGUCAGCAGGCAUUUUCGCGCGGUUUUUGACACUUUCGACUGUUUGGCCAAUUUGCUGGUUGUGAAAAGCGCGAAACUUUUGCUUGCUUUUUCUUGGUUUCUUCACCCACUUGCAAUUGAGCUAGUUACGCCUCACCGAGUUGAGUUUCCUGCAAACUCACCGCAAUCCACGAUUUUCCUUCAAUUUGCAACGAAAUUUCGAUAUCAAUCGAUUGUAAGCAAGGGUAUAAAUUUAAAACUCGCUUUCGUCAAUUUUUUUGCGGUGGGUCUGUUCUAGAAGUUUGGGAAACUUCGGUUUACGUAGGUAAUUAUGCAAACAUCCAAAACUUUUAUGAAGGGGAAAAACAAAAGGAAAAUACUACCGUGAUUUGCAUGAAGUUUUUCAUACUUUUUUCACCCAACAGGGUAAUUUUCAAUCUUUUCAUGCAAUCUCGAGAUGUUUUUUGGUUGUAAGGGUGUGAGUGGAUAGCAAGCAAACGGAAUUUCUGAAAAAACUUGUUAACAGUUUUAAACAAUGCCUCUUGCCUUCCAUUGUGCCGAAAAACGAUUUGCUUCGCUGCAUUCGGUAAUUUAAAAGCAAAUUAGACAAUUGUGAAUAUUUUAUGUAUGAUUGAAUGAACCACGGACAAGUCUGAUAUUGCUUACUAAUCACCGGGGGCUGAGAAGAAAUAAAAAUCGACAAAUUUCCGAUCCUUGUUAAAAACCUUUUAAACUUACAAGCGCGCAUACGCUGUCGCGUUUUGAAGCCGUUUUUACGAACAAUUUCAAUUGGGACGAAAAAUGCUCCACCAGCGGAAAAGCUAUACCGAGAAACAGGCGCGAAAAAUGAUCAACCCUUUCGUGGAUAGCGUGAGUUUGAAUCGGGACGGGAUGUUUCAGCCCGUAGCCAAGAAAGCCCGUAUGGUUUCAUCGCCCAAAGUGAUCUCCACAAAGCCUUCACCGUACUCCUUCACUGUGACUGACUUACAGAAAUGUCUUUUCAACGCAUCGGCCGUUCAUCCAGUUAGCACACAGGACGUAUUGGUGAAGAAAAAGGGAUCGACUUGUUUCUGGUGCGACGCUAGCUCAACAGAUCCGAGUUUCCAGUGUCCGUGUCAUCAACACGAAACUUCUGCCUCUCCACGAGCAACAAACCUGCCACUUGCUCUGAAAUCCCUUCCGCCGGAAGUGGACUUGUGUGCAUCAAGCGUUCCAGGAACGGGAUACGGUAUUUGCGCCAAGCGAGCGAUUCCUGUCGGCGCGUGGAUUGGGCCUUAUGAAGGAACAUUUAUGAAGCCUGAGGAGCUGUCUUCUGUUACAGAUACUUCGUACAUGUGGGAGAUCUUUGAAGACGGCAAACUGGCGGGAUUUGUUGACGGCAGUGACGAAAAAGUUUCAAGCUGGAUGCGUUUCAUCCGCUGUGCUCGCCACAAAGGUGAACAAAACCUGUUUGCCUUCCAGUACCUGGGAAAAGUGUACUACCGCUCUUUCAAGGCCAUCCUGCCUGGACAGGAAAUGCUGGUUUGGUACGAUGAAAAAUACCCACAAUACCUUGGCGUCCCAAGCUCAAUCUUCGAUAUGGGUCCCUUGACAGCAAAAGGAACUACAAAACAGCCAGAAAAGUUCGGCACUGUCCUUACGGAAGAAGGCCGGGUGCCAUCUGAGACACAAUAUCCACCCACCCCUCCCAGCUCAGUGCCUUCUCCCUCCAGUCCUCCGCAUUCGCCAAACAGUCAGUCAGGGAGUCAGCAACAGCCAUCUCCGACCAGAGCAAUCAGUGGUGAGCCGUUCAACGGUAUUCAGAGCGACGUUCCUUCUGCCUUCGACUUUACGUCUGCUGUGACUGGCCCUGAAAAGCCACAGCACCUGAUGCUUCAGGAGAAGUUGGUGGUUAAUCAGUCUCACCCGCUGCCAUCGCCAGAAAGUGAGACCAGCAAUCCUGCCUCACCCAUCCCUACUGAAGAUGGACAGAACAAAACUGCAAAACCAAGUCAACCCGUAUUCAGCAACAUCACUGAGCUGAGCCUGUGGAAGUGCGGCCAGUGCAAGAAGUCCUUUCCACAGAGAACCAUGCUCCAAGUUCACGUCUGCAAUGAGGCGCCAAAGAAGCCAUAUCAGUGCGGACACUGCUCGCAGAGCUUCUCACAUCCCGCCCAACUGCGCGCGCAUGCUGUCAGUCAUGCCAGUAAGAAGCCAUUCAAGUGCGGCUACUGUUCGCGUGCGUUUGCCGGGGCUACCACUCUGAACAAUCACAUAAGGACACACACUGGUGAGAGACCGUUUGUGUGUGACAAAUGCGGCAAGAAUUUCACUCAAGGAUCACAGCUUAGCAGACAUCAGAGAAUCCCUGGCGACUGUGUGGCCCGCGUUUAGAAGAAAAUAAAAGAAACACUAUGUCAGUGUGGACUAACACUGGAGUGUUGAUCGGAAACGCUUAUAGCCCAGAUCUCGUCAACUGGAGAUAUUUUUUUGUGAAUAUGGUGUAGAAAAAUGAAAGAAUGUAAAAACAAGGACACUAAAGAGUAAAGACCUUCCAUAGUUUAUAAUAAAAGAGCCAAUGACUACGAUAUUAGCCAUUUAGUUUUGAAAAUUAAUCAGGACAAGGAGCGUCUUUCAUUUUUGAAGCUUAUGAAUGCUUGUAAAAGCACUUUAACUUCGUGGUUUUAUUCUGAUCAUUGUACAACAAAU